CCUACAAUCACCAAUCAUAAUUUCCUGCCAGAUAAUGGUCCUUUGUUUUCAUUGAUACAUUAAGCAGGUACACUCUUGUCCGAUGCAACACUGGGAAGAAUAAUUCAAAGCAUUCUCAAGAAAAACAUAUAAUUUUGUCCAAACCGAAUUGAUUGGAAGAAAACAUAGUGUCUCUGCUGUUUAUUCCUGUAGUUUGCAGCAACUUCUUCUGGAAGUUACUGAACCCCAGUUCGAAUGGAACCUUUUCCGGCAUGAUAUUCGUUUGAAUGCACGUUUUUAAAAAAUUUUCCAGCUAACACAUUGUGUUUUGUUUUGGUUGCAGCAAAUGGGUAUUACGUUCUGGAGACCUGGGAGGGCGAGGCUGCGGAUGCGCAGGCGCGGGUGCCGGCGCUAACGUCACGGGGAGGCUGGCGGUGUCAUGGCGGCUGCCGGUCAGCGACUCGGAGCCUUUUCCAUGUAAACAGCUCGACGGCUCGUCCUCUCCCUCCCUCCCCCCUUCCCCCUCCCCACCCCUCCCCCUCCCUAUCCCCCUGCCCCCACCCCUCGGCCGCGCGCACCCCGCCUCAUGGAAUGUCAUGACGGUGCCGAGCGGGGCGGCGCGGCCGUGGAGUUCGCCGGGGCCACGCCGAGCACCCAGGGCGAUGGCCAUGGCGGCGGGCGGCUGAAAGGCUCCUGCCGGCCUGGGGAGGCCGCCACCCUCGGCCCCACCCCCGCUCCGAGUUCCGGGACACACCUGGGUGGAGAGGAGGAGAGCGAGAGGGUGCAGGACGCCGCCGUUACUGAGAAAGUGAGGGAAGAGGGAGACCAGCGAAACUUGGUAAACAAGAUGGGCGAGCUGUGCGCCGAGGUUGAGAGUGGCUUAGCGAAAGGAGCCCUGCCUGGCCUGCCACAGCAACCGCCCCCGCCGCAGACUGACGCUCAGAUCCAGGACGAAGGCAGUCCGACUAAAACCCCUGAGGGUGACAAGAAUCAUAGUGCCAGUGACCAAAGCUUGCCCGGAGAAUCGCAAAGCAUCGACUCCCUGGAGUCAUUUUCCAAUCUGAACUCCUGCCCGAGCUCUGACUUGAACAGUGAAGGGGCUGAAGACCGGGCUCUGGCUCUUGCUUUGCAGACUGAAGAGUAUAAUGGCAAGGAUGGUAUUGCCAAACCAUCUAGUUCGAAGGAGAGGUUCCCGGGACAGUCAGUCUAUCACAUUAAAUGGAUCAAGUGGAAAACCGAAAACACGCCCAUUAUUACACAGAAUGAAAAUGGCCCUUGUCCAUUGCUCGCAAUUAUGAACGUUCUUCUUUUAGAAUGGAAGAUUAAACUUCCACCUAUGAUGGAAAUUAUAACAGCAGAACAGUUAAUGGAAUACUUAGGUGACUAUAUUCUCGAUGCAAAGCCAAAAGAAAUCAAUGAUGUUCAGAGAUUAAACUAUGAGCAGAACAUGAGUGACGCAAUGGCCAUUCUACACAAGCUGCAGACAGGACUCGAUGUAAAUGUGAAGUUUACUGGUGUAAGAGUGUUUGAAUAUACACCCGAGUGCAUAGUGUUUGAUCUUCUUGAUAUUGCACUUUACCAUGGAUGGUUGGUUGAUCCACAGACGGCUGAUGUAGCGAAGGCAGUGGGAAUGUGCAGCUAUAACCAGCUGGUUGAGAAGAUUAUCUUCUGUAAACAAUCAGAGAACAGUGAACUUGUCAGUGAAGGGUUUGUUGCAGAACAAUUUUUAAACAGCAGUGCAACCCAACUGACAUUCCAUGGGUUAUGUGAACUGAUUUCUACCGUUGAAGAAGGAGAGAUGUGUGUGUUCUUCAGAAAUAACCAUUUUAGUACAAUGACAAAACACAAGGGCCAGCUGUAUCUACUGGUGACAGACCAGGGCUUUCUGACAGAAGAGAAGGUGGUCUGGGAGAGUUUACACAAUGUGGACGGAGAUGGCAAUUUCUGUGACUCUGAAUUUCACCUGAGACCUCCAUCUGACCCAGAAACUGUGUACAAAGGACAGCAGGAUCAAAUAGAUCAGGACUAUCUGAUGGCCUUGUCCUUACAGCAGGAGCAGCAAAGCCAGGACUUAUCCUGGGAGCAGAUUCCUGAAGGAAUUAGUGAUCUGGAACUAGCAAAAAAACUGCAGGAAGAAGAAGACAGACGAGCAUCCCAGUUCUAUCAUGAACAGGAACAGGCAGCUGCAGCUCAAAGCCAGGAAGGUCAACAAUCACAGGCAGCAACUGCUGGCAAACAACCUGCGGGCACUGAACGGAAACAGCGUAAGGAAACAAAGGAAAAAGAAAAGGACAAAUGCAUUCUCUUGUGAUGGAGGUUGGAGUUUACCAGGAACUAAGUGCAUAACCCUUUAAAGAUGAUAUGCCGCCUGUGCCUGAUCCCGAAUUGUUCACACUUUGAGAAGCGAAGGGAUGACUUCUUUACUACAGUCGGCCAAACUUUGUUCAAUGUUGCACAAUGCACUAUAUUCACAAUGGAGUUUCUAUGGCAUUGAUUGAUGCAGUUACAUUUCAUUUGACAUAAAUCAUUGUUCAAAACAUACAAGAAGCACCUUUAUGUGUUAACAGUGAAAUCACAAUGCUUGUUUUCAAUAUCACUAAAUUAAUUAAUGCAAUCAGCUAAUAAGCUAUCUUGGCUAAUACUGCCUCAAUUUUAUUACAGGACAAUGGCAGUUUCACGGUAUGUUUAGUUUUAAUGCUCACAAUAAGUGACAAUAGCUAGAUUUUUAUUUUAGCUUUCAUUAAGUGCUACUAGAACUGAUCAGCCCAGUGAAUUACAGAAAACAAAUAAAAAUGGUCUUUCAUGCAAUGGCUUGUUUAAGAAAUGCUGACACAAAUUUUGAUAGGAUACACAUGGAGAAGUUGAACAAUAUUUUGUCCAAUUGACAGCUAUUUUUCCAUGAGCUGGUUUUAUUUUGAGCCAUAUUAAUCUGAAGGAAUACAAAAAGACAGGUUAACAUUUAAUAGUGGUAUCUCUUGCUUCAAGUUUUCUUUAACUGAAUGAAUGUGCUUUAUGUUUUGAAGGAAUUUAAUUUUUUUUCAAAAAAAUCGUGUGGAAAUGUGUGAAAGCAGUGAUAAGGAAUGUAAGGUAUCAGCAAGUUAGCAAACAAAAUCAUGAGUGAAUAUACUCUGUAUUUUCACUAAGAUAGUGUUUUAACUUGACAAUAAAAUUGUAAGCUUAUUAAUGAGUUGUGGAAGGCCCAAAACAUGGUUGAAACCUUGUGUUCCGCGCAAUGUUUUUCGACCAGCACAAUACAUGAACAGCAGCAUUCUUUCCAAUAACAGAUUAAUGCCUUCAAAAUUGUUUGGUCAAAUAUUAGUCAAGCCCAUAGGCAGUAGCUAAGUUAGGUUUCUAAAUGGGACCAAUAUCCAAAUGGUGAAAUUAUAACAUGAUGAUAGAAACAUAACUUUAUUCCUUGCGGUCUGUAUGAUACAUUUAAUAUGAUGGUAAGACGUUGUGCAUGUAUUGUUCGUUGGGACAUGGUUAAUGGAACAUGCAAACAAACACUAAAUUGUUGAUGGUGAAGUUUGAAGGAAUACUGUCUGAAAGUUCAUUUUUAUACUGUUGAGGUUGGCUUAGAUUAUGAUCAUCCUUCUAAUAAUGUAGCUGUUUUUGUGGAUUUUAAUACAUGGACCAGUUUAUUUAUUUGAAUACCUCUAAAAGGGCACCCUCAGUUAAGAGUGCUUGAAGCAGUUUUACAUAAAGAGGAGACAUGUUGCAACCCUUUGGCAACUGAGGGGGGGAAAACAUAAAAACAUUAGACCUGUUUACUUAGACGUAAAUAUUUAUUCAUUAUGAAAUCAUUUUAAAUUAUUUCGAGGUGGGCAACCCAAGCAUUUUUUAAAAUGGUUUUUGAAGGAAUCGUGUUGCACUUAGAAAUUUCCUUGCAUUAGGAAGUUCUUUACCUAGAAUAGGUAUAGUGAACAAGAUUGUUUGAGGGAAUUGCUUUGAUUGAGGGAAUUGCUUUGAAUUGCCUGGCUGUGUUGUGGAUUAGCUGACAUCUGUAAUGCAUGAUAAUUUUAUAGGUCCUGCAGUAACUGUUCACCCAUUCUAUUGUAAACUUGUAUUUGCCUCAUUAAAAUAUAUUGAUAUUAAAAGUACCAGAAAAUCAAAUAUGUAUAGAUCUAAUUAUUUGCAGUCCUAGACUAGCAUUUCCACGCUAGGUAUUGAUGUAAAUUUUUCAAGAACAGAUAUUAAAUACCUAAACCAGACUGGUACUGAAAGUGCUGUACAACUGCCCACCAAUAAUAACCUCUUCAGAGUCCAUUGAAAAAUUGGGUAACUGUUCAAAAUUUAGAAUCUGUAACAGAAUUGCAGUGGAGACUGAGGUGAGAGUCUUGUGUAGCAAGUGCAACUCUGCUUACGGGUAUAUGCAGUACCUUAAAUAAUAAUCCAAUAUGUGCAAUUGACUUUUUAAUAUUUUUAAUUCUCUGCAUAAAGACAGCUAAGAACUAUGCUAAAUGUCACCUCCUGGACCAAAUGUACUUUAAAUAUCAUUUUGUUCUGUGUUUGCUCAUUUAUAGGGAAUGGUUACAAUUAAGCAAUUCUGCAAAGCAAACUUUGUGAAUCUUAUUCAGAAUACUGGGUCUGAAUGCUCUGCUGAAAUUUGGUACAAGAAAGCUCAAAAUUGACCAAACCUUUUCAUUUCUGAGGAAGCUAGAUGUUGCCAUUUCAAGUAAUACAUAAAAACAAGACAUUUUAACCAUGUCAAUCUCUCACAGCACCUAUGGGUCGAGGGUUAUGUCAUUUUUCUAUCACAAUAAUGCACAUUAAAGUUAGCAACAUCGUGUGUGUAUUUGACUAUCAAUAGUAAUGGAAAAGCCAAGUAUAGAACAGUGUUAGUUUCAGUAGCUUUUGUACUUUUCAGUUCAUUUCAGGGUCUUUGAGACUUAUCUUUUAUCAAAAUACUUGUAAUUUUUUUUUAAAUACACAUUGUGAAAGAUAUGUUUCAAGUCUGCUCUAUGUAAUUUCUUGUAAGUUUCUUCUGGAUUACAGCUACCAUAAUAACUUGUUUUUUGUAUGCUUGUAUUCUUGCAAGUCCUGCACUUUUAGGAGUGAUUUUCCUUUUGGUAGUUUUUGAUUACUAAACAUUAAAUUCCAUUUGUUUUGUGACCAAACAUCUAUGUAGCAUACUGCCAUAAGGUGUUAUAUACUUGUUGGUGUGGAUUAUGUGAGUUUUGACAAUCUCCUGUCUUUCUUUGAGUGGCACAAAAAAACCUUAAUUGGCACUUGGCACAUUAAGAAGUAAUUGCAAAGAGAAACUUUCUAUGGAACGGAGACUUUCUUGUUCAUAUUUUUGGUGUUAACUGAAGGUUGAGAAUAUAGCUAAUUCUUAUUGUCUGCAUCUUGUUACCCCAUCCAGUUUGGAAAAAUUCGAAGACAGCAGUACAUGGUGCCAUCAUAAUUCUCAAGUUCCACUUUAGUGGGUAAAUCUACAAUGUUACAUUUUAUGCUUUGUAUGUACUUUGUUUAUUUGCAAUAUACUAAGUUAUCUUCUGAACAUCCUGGAGGAGCAAUUGAGGAGUAUUUUGGUAAUGGAAUUUCUAGGUUUUUGAAAUCUUAAAAUAGGAAGCACAUCAUGUUUGCAAACAGGAAAAAUAACAAUGAAAGUGUUUAACACAUUAAUACUGACAUGGAACAAAUGAGAUAACAUAGUAAUUUGGGUGUCAAAGUUCAAAAUCACUGCCCACAUUAUAAUUGUAGAGUUAUUUAUGUUUACACCUUAAAACUGACAAAUAAAUCUAUUAGCCCAUAUCUCAUUACAGAGCUUUUUACUGUGUUUGGCAUAGAUUGAGCACGAAAUGCUAAGCAGUGAGUGGUAUCCGAAUAGUCUCUUGUAAAUUUGUGCAAGAAAUUUUAGGAAAUGGUAUACUGUGACCAAAUCAGCUUUUCCAGCUGAACUGUACACCCAUUAGUGCCUAGAAAACCAUCAAAAAAAGUAAAAUGUGGCUUUAUUUGCAGUUUUACAAGUGAAACAUUACUGGAAUCAUGUUACAUUGGAGCAUUCAACUUUGGUCAAAUGUCUUUAAUUUAUUUCGUACCAGUUAGUGCAAAGACUUCUGUUGUUGCAGAAGGCUGUUAAAAUUGGUAAAACAUUAAACUAAAAUAAAACACAUUUCUUGCAAUGA